GCUAUCAAUUUUUAAUUAUCGAUGUCUGGUAGCCAAAAAGGCCGAGGACAAUGAAAUGUUCCUAACAGUUUUUAGAGAAUGGCCAACUACUAUAGACGUAAAAAACCAGAUGCGGUAUUUUUGAAUGCCAAGCCCAUUAAUAGUGCAAAUGCCCAAGCCUAUUUAUAUGGAGUGCGCAAGUAUUCCAUAGGCUUGGCCGAGAGAUUGGACAGUGACUAUCAACCGCCGCCAAUUGAAAGGAAAAAGAGUACGGCUAGUACCGGAUCGAAUAAUCCGGAAUUCACGCCAAGCGUUUUCUAUAGGAAUAUAGCUCCGGUUAAUUGGUUUCUACGAAUUAUUGGAGUUCUACCAAUUGUUAGACGAGGACCAGCUAGGGCUAAAUUCGAAAUGAACUCGGCUGCAUUUUUCUAUUCAGUUGUUUUCUUUAUGCUCUUGGCGUGCUAUGUGGGUUAUGUGGCCAACAAUCGCAUCCAUGUGGUGCGUUCCCUCAGUGGUCCCUUCGAGGAGGCCGUUAUUGCUUAUCUAUUUCUGGUUAACAUCCUGCCGAUUAUGAUUAUACCGAUCCUGUGGUGGGAGGCAAAGAAAAUUGCACGCCUCUUCAACGAUUGGGAUGACUUUGAGGUGCUAUACUAUCAGAUCUCUGGACACAGUUUGCCCUUGCAUUUGCGCCAGAAGGCCUUGUAUAUUGCCAUUAUUCUGCCCAUCCUUUCGGUUCUCUCUGUUGUGAUCACACACAUCACCAUGUCCGAUUUGAAUAUCAAUCAGGUGGUACCCUAUUGCAUUCUGGACAAUUUGACAGCCAUGUUGGGUGCCUGGUGGUUUCUCAUAUGCGAGGCAAUGAGCAAUACGGCCCACUUAUUGGCCGAACGUUUCCAGAAGGCCUUGAAGCAUGUGGGCCCAGCCGCUAUGGUGGCCGAUUAUCGUGUCCUGUGGCUACGCUUAAGCAAACUAACCCGUGAUACUGGCAAUGCCAUGUGCUAUACCUUCGUUUUCAUGAGUCUAUAUCUGUUCUUUAUCAUCACCCUAUCGAUUUAUGGCCUCAUGUCUCAGCUCUCGGAAGGCUUUGGCAUUAAGGAUAUUGGUCUGACCAUAACAGCUCUAUGGAAUAUAGGUUUACUUUUCUAUAUCUGCGAUGAGGCUCAUUAUGCCAGUGUGAAUGUACGUACGAAUUUCCAAAAGAAACUCCUAAUGGUCGAGCUAAAUUGGAUGAAUUCCGAUGCCCAGACAGAGAUCAAUAUGUUUUUGCGGGCCACCGAAAUGAAUCCAUCGAAUAUCAAUUGCGGUGGCUUCUUCGAUGUCAAUAGAAGUCUCUUCAAGGGCUUGCUUACCACAAUGGUUACCUAUUUGGUGGUCUUGCUGCAAUUUCAGAUCAGUAUUCCCACAGAUAAGGGUGAUGGUGAGGCCAGUACGAAUGUUACAGUGGUUGACAUGUUAAUGGAUAGUCUGGACAAUGAUAUGACCUUGCUGGGACCGACCAGUACGGCAGGAACAACAGCCACAAUGAGAGCAGCAGCAACAACAACAACAAUGGCAACACCAACAGUUAAACAAGGUCGGGCCGGACGACGGGGUUGAUAAAAGAGAG